UAAGCUGCUGGACCAUGACAUCCGGGCCGAGAGGGACUACUACCGUCUGCCAGAGGCAGCUGUUGAACUCGCAAAAAUUGCAAAACUGAUUCUUGCAAUGGAAAAGGGUUCUUUGGAAAACUUCAAAGGAAACUCUCUGGAGGAAAUUGAGAUUGAAGAUGAAUUGGAGCCAGAUGUGGAGCAGGGCAACACCGAAAGCAUGGAUGCUGAAGAGGACAACGAAGAGUUGGAUCUUCUACUUCCACAGAGCGAUGAUGUAGAACAACGAAGCAGACAAGCUGACUCCUGAGCAGGACGCCCUGAAGCACAUAAAGGCUGGCAAAGACAAAUCCUUCCUAGAGGGAAUCUUUAUCGACUCCUUUAAAGGGAGAGGUGUGUUCACCCACGAAUCCAUAGAACCUUCGACCUUCGUUGUAGAGUUUCGGGGGAACAUCAUCUCUCAAGAAGAAACCCAAAAAAAGAAACGUGGGGACUCUCUGAACGACUAUUUGUUUGACUUUUUUUGGAAGGGAACAAACUGGCGCAUCGACGCUUCAGCAGAUGAUAAAAGCCUUGGCAGACUGGUGAACGACGACCACAUAAGUCCCAACUGCAAAGUGAGGAAAAUCAUUUACAAGGAAAAGCCACAUUUGUGCCUGUUCGCCCUGAAGAAAAUAUCCGCAGGCGAGGAGAUAACCUUCAACUAUGGGCGGUCCUCUUACUCGUGGCGCUCAACGGAAACCACUGAAGACCAGAACACAUCACGAACAGACUUGGACCCUUUAUUUCCUCUGAUGGGCGAAAAAGCUGAGGACUCGGCAGAAGCAUCAAGUUGUGCAGAAAACUCCUCUGAUGACGACUACGUCUGCGAGGAUGAGCCGAGUAGCGACGAAAGUUAUAUCAGCGACAACAACGAGCCGAUUCGGGAUUUAUGGAAAAGUCAAGAAGACUGUGCUGUGCAGCAGGAGGACAGCACUGAUGACUCUGAAGCCGAUGAAAAAGACCCAUCAAUCACCAACAAGAACUACUGCUACAUUUGCAAGAAACCUCAGACUAAAAUUUCUCGUCACCUUUACACUCACAGAAAAGACGAGCCUGAAAUCGCGAAAGUAUACGCAUUACCUCGAAAAAGCACGGAGCGUAUUAAAAUGCUAGAAAAGCUAAGAAACAAAGGAAAUUUCGAACACAACCAAGAGGUGUUGAAGAGUCGCACUGGAGAGCUGAAAGUGAGAAAAAACAUGGCCACAGUAAAAAAAGUGGCAACUUGUAUAUACUGUAAACACAUGUACGGCUACAAGCAGAUCUGGCGACACAUGCAGAAUUGUCCUUCAAGGAAAUUCUCAAAGCCUCCAAUAGGUGGUAGAACUCAAAUUUUGUCUUUGGUUGCUGCAACAGGGUUAAUUGAGCACCACAAGAUCUCAUCAGGUGUGAGGAAGAUGUUGAAGAAGCUGAAGAAAGAUGAGGUCGGCUCUCUUGUCUGGAGCGAUCCUUAUCUACUCCAGAUGGCUCAGUGUUUGUACUACCUGAGGGAGGAGAAACGAACUUAUCAGUAUGUGAAUCAGAAGCUGAGGCAGAUGGGAAGACUCCUGCUAAUAUUGAGGAAGAAGUCAAUAGACAGCUUUGAAGUUGCCACCAAGCCCCAAAACUUCAGCAAAGUUGUCGAAGCCGUUGGGGAGCUGGCCGGUUUCAAGGAAAGCUCAAAGCCCCAGGACAGGCCGAAUCUGGUGAAUAGCCUCGGAAUCUCACUCAGGAGAAUUGCAGACAUUAAAUACGCCAGAGCUCUGAUAAACGACGCUGAUAAGGAGAUGAUACAAGAAGCAGAGACGUUCAUGAAUCUGUGUGCUAAAGAAUGGCCGUCCGGACUCAAAGCAGCUCUGCCAAAACUCACCCAGCCGUCCACGCUAGCGUUCAUACAGGAUGUGCAGCUCUUCUACCAAUGUCUGGACAAAACGGCAGCUUCUGGGGUCGAAAGUCUGAUGAUGUAUGCGUGUUCACAAGUCUAUACUGCUGUGCUCAGAGUGACGGCUGCAUACGUGGCGAUCUUUAACAAAAAUCUGGCAGACGUUUCACGGGUGACCCUCCAGUCAUUCAAGGAACGACCCGAGACUGAACCCCAGCAAAAUACUCUUGUCAACCAGUCGCAGUUUGAGCAAAUUCUGUCCAAGAACAUGGUGAAGAUCAAUGUUGCCAGCAGCACCGGCAAAAAGUUUGGUCUUACUUUGACGUCUGACCUACUCUCGGCUCUAACGCUGCUCGUGAGUAAGAGGGAGGCCUGUGGUGUGCCUGAAGACAAUCCCUUUUUAUUUGGGAGAUCUGAUGAUGGACGCAAAAACUUCUACCAGGCGAAACAGUGCAUUUGCAUUUUUACAGCUCGGUGUGGUGCCAAGAACAAAGAGAGCCUCCGGUCGAUGUAUUUCUGUAAGCACACUGUGAGAAUUUUCCAGAUUCUCAGCCUCACGAAUGAUGACCUCGUUGAGCUUGCCAAACUGUUGGACCGGAAUAUUCAGACCGACAGGGACUAUUACCAGAUGCCAGAGGCAGCCGCAGACGUUGCCAGAAUCUUAGAGCUAAUAUUUGCAAUGGAGAACGGAACUCUUGGACAAUUUGAAGGAAAAUCUCUUGAGGAAAUUGAGUUUCCAGAUCAGUUGCAGCCGUUUGUGGAUCCAGACAGUCCUGGAAACAGCGACGCCAAAGAGAAAAACGAGGAAUCAGAAACUUCUACGGGUCGGUCCUCUUCAAAAGGCUUCUUUUCUCAAGCCAGGAGAAAAAGUGGAGCUCCGUCCUCGAAUAAAAGUGGCCGAGGCAGGAAAAAGAAGCAGGAGACUGAAAAAGAGCAGAACAAGGAGAAAACUGACGAGACAGAUGAUCGUCCGGCCGACAUGAUGGAGAAACCUGCCGUCGACACACCCGAGGAGACGACGACUUGCAGCAAAGCAGAAGAAACAAACAUUUACUUCAGCGACGAUGAUGAGGACAUGAACGUGGACUUCAACAUCGACAUAGACAUCGAUGAUGACGAUGAGGUCAGAAAUGAGGAAUAUGACGGCCAUGAUGACUCAUAUGGUCCGUCAGCAAAACCUGUGAUAACAGACAGAGAAGAUUCAACAGCGGAGGACGAGGAAGAGACUCGCCUGAACGAGAACCGCAGUGAUGGAGAGUUUGAGGAGAUGAUGGACGACGUGGAGGACGAAUAUUCAGACAGAGAAGAUGAACAGCAAAGUUACUUGAUGGAUGUGGACAGCAGCGGUUCAACUUUAAAUACAGAAAAGAAGAACAACUUGUCCACAGCACCGACUGGGAUGAAAGACUUGAAGAUAUUGAUCCCCAAACUGGACGUUAAGAAGCUGCGGACUACAGUCCAGGUUUCCCAGUUCUUAUCUUUGACUAACAAGAGUCUGGUAAAAGAUCAGAAGAUCCAUAAUGUCAAGAAACAGCCUGAAAGACCUUCGACACCCACUGAGGUCACACACAAGGCCAGCAGUGAAAAGGAAGUGCACAUGAACUGUUCGCACUGCAAGAAGAGCAUGAUGAAGGGACAAACCGCCUACCAGAAGAAAGGCUUCAUGGAUGUCUUCUGCUCCAAAAACUGCCUGUUUGAAAUGUUUCGGCACAACAAAGCCGCCGCCAGGACGUGUCACUACUGUCAGAGGGCGAUUUCUCAGCCUCUGGACCUCAUCGUGGCUGCUGUGGACAUUAAAGGAACUAUGAAGGAUUUCUGCAGUCCGGCCUGUUUGUGCGAUUUCAAAUCUCGUCCUGUUUCCCCCCAAACUCCGCCGUCACUCUGCAGCAUGUGCACCAAGCCCUGCACUAUCACAUGCGAGCUGAUCCUGAACGAAACUGUGCAAAGGUUUUGCAGCGACGCCUGUUUGGAGGGUUUCCAGAAGGACAACAGAUUAAUCUGUGUGAAUUGCAGCAGGACCUGCUACGACAAACCUCUUCUACUGAAGCUGGAGCACGAAAUCAAAACCCUCUGCAGGGAGAAAUGCCUGGAUGAGCUCACAAAGAAUAUCGAGACCUCCCACCCCUGCACCAUGUGCCUCUGUCCUCGAACGGUGUCCGACAUGAUCACUUACAAACACAGUGAAAACGUGGUGGAGCUCUUCUGCUGUCGGUCCUGUGUGGCAUCUUACAAACUACGUCCAGCAACUCUGCUUGAUUAUCAAGUAAUGAAAAGUUCACUUCAGUCCAAGGGGAAAAAAGACAAGCAGUCAAACACUGAGGACGCAGAAGUCGGUUCAGACUCCAGAUGUGAUUUCUGUUCCACUUGUGGAAAGAAGCUGUGGAGAGGAAAGACCGUUUGCUGGUCGAGCAGCUUGCAGAAGGUGUUCUGCUCUUUGCUUUGCCGGAAUGAGUAUCAUCCGGACACCAACGUAGUCACGAAAAAGUGCUACAACUGCUUUCAGGAAAUAACUCGACCUCAGAAAAUGAUUCUGGCUCCGGUGGACGAUUCGGGAACGAUGAAGGAGUUGUGCGGCUCCACGUGUCUCGCCUCCGUCAAAUCCAGGAGGGAUGCCGCUGCCAGACCUCCGCCACAAGAGGGACCUCGUUCAGAGUGCAGGAUGUGCGCCAGAUAUAGCUACUGUAAAUUCAACCUAAAACUGGACGACAUCAUCUACAAACUCUGUAGCGACACCUGCGUCAUCAACUACCACAAAAUCAACAACAUUCCUCUAACUUACUGCGACGUCUGCGGCUCUUUCUGCCUCGACCCACGGAAUACACGGAAGAUGGACGGUGGCCGUAGAAGCAUGUGCAGCGGCAAAUGUGUGGCCAAGUUCAAAGAGAAAGCUGAGACUCAACGGCUUUGCCUCAUGUGUCAGACGUCUCAUCUCGUGUUGGACAUGAUUGAAAAUAUCAACAGCGAGGGAACGUUGGAGUUAUUCUGCAGCAACAGAUGCAUGAUGGUCCACAACGCUCAGACCUUCACAGUGUCGGAAAAGAGGAGCCCAUCGCCUGAAGAUGUCGACAUUAAAGAAGUGAAGCCAUCGCUGCUGAAUUUGGAAUGUAUAAAAGAAGAGCCCAUUGAUGAGGACUACUGCCAGAUUCUCCCAACAUCUGUUUCCAAUCAGGACAUCAAGAAGGAGCCAAAUGUGGCAAAGGAGGACUUGAAGAUCGGCUCAGUUUUCUCUUUGAACGGAGACUCCAAACCCACAAAGCCAACUCUGACCCACAUGGAUCUACCGGCGUCCUGCUCCAGCUGCAAAAACGUUCUGAUGGACGGAGAGACUGUUUAUCAGAGGAAAGGCCACCAAGAAAUAUUCUGCUCCUCGUCCUGCCUGCUGAAGUUUUUCCAGAUGAAGUCAGUGAAGAAGACGUGCCACUUCUGCCUUCAGGUGAUAACGCAGCAUCAGGACGUCCUCCAGGCCUCGGUGGAUAACGAGGGGACUGAAAAGGAUUUCUGCAGCCAGACCUGUCUGUCGUCCUUCAACUACAAGAGCAGCGUGUCGAGCAAAAUCCCCGUCGUUCCCAUCGCAUCGCAUUCACAGUGCAGCAUGUGCAGCAGAUACUGCAUCAGUAAAAAGGAGAUCAUACAGCAGGGCGUCGUUCAUAAAAUCUGCAGCGAACCCUGUUUCCUCCGUUUCUGCAACAUGAACAAGUUGUCGGUCUGCGUUAACUGUCGAUCCUGCAGCAGCUCGCCACUCACGCUGAAGAUGGAGGACGGAAACAAAACACUGUGCGGCGCUGAGUGUCUGGUCCAGUUCAAGCAGAAAAUCCAAACACCGCAGCCCUGUGCGAUGUGCCACACCUCCAAUCCGAUGUCAAACAUGGUUGAACAUAGAAACAGGGAUAACGUGGUUGAGUUUUUCUGCUCCUGCAGCUGUGUGAUGGCGUCAAAGAUCCAGGCCGUCAGUGCUUCAGGAGCCUCAUUGAAUUGUGACCACUGUGGUAAAACCUCAGUUCCCGCAUGUCAUCUCGCCAUGUCAGAUUCCUCCAUCAAGAACUUCUGCACUCUAACGUGUGCAAUGGCCUUUAAGGAGAGUGAGAAAGACUUGGCUGCUCCAACUGACCCGGCAGGAGCUUCUAAACCUCCAGAGAAACUUCUGUGUGCUCAGUGUCGACGUACCAUCAAAACUACACCUAAAGUCAUCCAGAGAAAGGACAAGAUGAACUUUGUGUGCAGCCUGGCCUGUUCUCAGGAGUUUAAAAAGGCCAACAACAUCACGGGAACCUGCGAAUACUGUAAGAACGUCAGGAUCAUCAAGGACACCAAGAGGGUCGAGGACAAAGAGUGCAACUUCUGCAGCGACAGCUGCAGAGUUCUCCUUCAUCAUGACCUGGAAAGCAAACCAGGCCAGCGCUACUGUUCUUGUGCUUACUGCCUGUCGAUCGCCGUUACUGUGGUGACGAAACACAAUGAAGGAACAGAAGUAGAAUUCUGCUCUAAAGAAUGCAGCAAAAACUACAAAAACCUCCAAAACAACGUUGCAAAAUGUGACUCCUGCGGCUGCAAAGGGAAACUGAAGCAGAGUCUUCCGAUGGUCGGAGAAGUCAAACACUUCUGCGAUCUAAAAUGUCUGCUGCACUUCUGCAAUAACAAAGUCCACACGGUCGACGCAGCCUCUCCAGCUUCUGGAUCUGCAGUGACGACACAGUCCUCUCCCGUCAUCGCUAACGUUAUGUCACUGGCCAGCGCUCUGUCUGCGCGGAAUAACACUUCUACAAACUCUGCACAGAACGUCUCCGUCGCUGACAUUCAAACAAAAGUUGUUGGACAUGCCAGUGUUCAAACAGUCCCCAAAGAAUUAAAGAAUAAAUCAAUGCUCUGCACUCCACUGGUCCACAACAAAGGAACUUCCUGUGUAGCAGAAACUGCUGAAACUGAAGCACAAACAGAUAAAGUUGAUCCUGAAGUCGUGGUCCUUCGUGUCCCGGUGCCAGUGCCGGUGCCGGUUUACGUUCCUCUACCUAUGAACAUGUACACUCAGUACACACCACAGCCUGUUGGCCUGCCAUUACCGCUUCCUGUUCCUGUAUUUGUUCCUGCGAUGUCAGAUAGUUCAACAAAAACAACUGAAGAGACAAAGCAGCUUGAAUCAACUGAUGGAGAUUUAAACCUCAGACCUGAGACAGAAACUGAACAAACAGAGAGAAAUGAGAAAGACAACGACCAGAAGGACGGAGACGAGACAAAAGAAGGAGAAAGACAAGAAACCCAGUCAAUUGAUGAUGACAACGUAGAUGCAGAUGAUUAUCAAUGCACCUUAGACGACCAGGAAGAUUUGUUGUCGGGCGCCAACCACGACUCGAUGGGUCCGUCAGAAAUCUCACCGACUCCUCCGCCGGCUGCUUCACCGUCACAACAAACUCCAGGGAAGGUCAACAACAAGAACAAGAAGUCCAAGAAAUCUAAAGAGGAAAUGCCUCAGAGUGAAGCUCCGACGGUCACCACCAAGAAAAGCCACAAAGUGAACACUCAACAUGGAAUUGAAGCCUGGAAGAGAUGGAUCCAAUGGAGAGAAUCUCAAACCGGCCUGGGACCCAUAUCCUCUCAUUCUGUGAGGCUGAGGGCGGAUAUUCUUCGCUGCUCUGCAGUUGACCUGAGCCACGGCCUCUAUCGCUUCAUCAAGGAGGUCAAGCAACCAGAUGGAGAACCGUACUCCCCCGACGGCCUCUUUUACCUCUGCCUCGGCAUCCAAAAGCAUCUGUUAGAAAAUGGUCGAGGGGAAAACAUAUUCACUGAUGCAAUCUACAACAAGUUCUCCACAAAGAUCACCAAACUCCUGAAACAUUUCCAGCCAUCAGUAGCGUCCAAUGGGUCCAUCUCCUCCAGUGUGAGGGAGGAGUUUCUGUGGGACUGUAAGCAGGUGGGAUCUUUUUCCCCCAUGGUCCUCCUCAACACCAUGCUCUUCUUCUGCUGCAAAUACUUCGGCUUCACCACGGUGAAGGAACACCGCCAGCUGUCUUUUGCACGAACCAGUUGUUGCACCAGAACCAACCCAGACAAAACUAAAUCCACCGUCCUGCGUUUCUACCCACCCACAUCCCAAACAGAGGCAGAGACAGAUGCAGAUGGUGUUCCGGCCAAGAAACGUAAGAAAGAUGAGAGUGAAGAACAUUUCCUGGAGAUGAUAGAGAACACAGAGAACCCUCUUCGCUGUCCGGUCAGACUCUACGAGUUCUACCUCUCCAAGACCCCCGAUUCGGUGAGGCAGCGCAGCAAUCUGUUCUACCUCCAGCCAAGAAGCUGCUGUUACCCCAGCAGCCGUCUGUGGUUCACGUCCAGCCCUCUGCAGGACUCCGCCAUGGAGGCCAUGAUCGUACGAAUCUUUGCCGUCCAAGAGCUUCAAAGAUCGAAAUAGAAGAGGUUCUGCAGGCAUCAGGUCAAUUUAUGGGUGGAGAAAUAGUAACACUUUCCUCUGUGAUGCUCCCAGUCUUCUUCACAUUUUGGACAUGGAUCAUCUUGGAAGAGAUUAUAGAAAAAAACUUCAGCCCGGUAGAAGGACGUUUGUGUGAUUUGGAGGCAGCAGCAGGUUUUAAGGUUAAAGUUUUAUAUCUGCCAGUCCAUCAUUGUCUCUUCAAUCAUGAGAGGAUGUAAAUUUGAGUCCAUAAAUUUGAUGCCACUUAUCAGGUUCUUAUUUGUGGUGGAACUUUCUGGGUUGGAUCUCAGGACUGCAUUGUAAGUACCUGAUAAGUGAUGUCAAAGACCCUAAAAUCUGAGGUGAAAGUUCCAGUUGAAAAAGAAAAGAAUGACCGAGCCCAUACCUUCAUUUAGCAUCACGUCAGGAAGUGUUGAACUUAUCGGCUGCACAGUGCUGUCUGGUUGUGUUUCUGUUUAAGAAAGACGACAGAAAGAUCUCCUGUUUAUGCUCUUUAGCUGUUUCAGAACUUCAGGUGAGAAACCACAAAACUUUUUGGUCGCAUGUUGAGCACAAACCUAUAAAGGAAAUCUGAUUAUCAUCUGUCACCUGCUAAACACGGUUUAGGAGAUAAAGCAGAAAGACUCGCAUGUUAAAGUGUUAAAGAAGCUUUUGAGGCUGAACCUUCUGGAGAGUUUUAAAUGCUGACAGUCUCACCUGUGCACAUUUUCCAGAGAGCUUCAUUCUCCUCCUUCAGUGUUUGUAAAGCGUUCUGCUUUCGCCAGUUAUCAAAAGCUGAUUUCAAUGAAAAAGAGAAGGAUAAAGUUUGUAGAAAAAGAGUUUGAGUUCCAAAACAGAACAAGAAUGAGACAUUUGUUGAUUUCAAUGGAUUAUUUUUUUUUUUACAUUUUUAUAAAAAUUUCACAAAGUAAAUAAAGUUUGGCAUGUUAAGGGG